AUGACUCCGGCGUCUCCGACUCCCAGGAGACCUCUCACGGGUAGGCGCCGGGGGCGUCCACCGGGAUCAACCAAUGCAGCUCGCGCCGCCGCAAGGGCAGCAGCUCUCGCUGCGGCCUCGGCAACCGAACCACCACCUAAACGACGUCGAUAUGUUCCAAAGGGUAGUCGAUAUGAUUCCGACUCAAUGGCUACGCCAAGUACUGUCAGGCCUUCAACGUCUUCGAGAUCACGAGCUGCCGUGCGCGAGGCCAUCAAUGGCCCUUCACCAUCUAUUAUGCCCAGACGUGAACGAGGGGCUCGCACAAGAGCUACUGGAAAUGACGAUUUGGAAGAAAUGCAUUGGGGAUCUGCCGCGGCUAUGGCCACCGCGGUCAAGCAGGCCGAAGAUUACAAACCUCGCGAGGAACGCAGCUGGGAGGAUUUCCACCCCAACCUAGAUAUUGAAGCUACCUUUUUGAUCCUUCGGUCCGAACAAGUUGAUGGAAUUCCCCAAGAUCAGCCUGACACAUCAGCUGUCCAGACGCUUGGAGCACCUUUGGACGACACGAGAACACCUUCGAGACAACCAAAUCCCGCAUCAACAGACAAUACCCCGAAUCCACAAGCUUGCUCAGAUCCGACUGCUGCAGAUGCUCCCUCUGAAACUCCAUUACGUCGUCCCCGUCGGCCGACGCGGGAAGCUGUCAGCUUCUACAACAGCCGGCCUAUGGACCUCCUUGUGACUCCAAAGACACCAAAGAUUUUGCCCAUCCAAAAUCAGACACCGAAAGAGAAACUCGAUCUCAAGCUUCCAUCUUAUAGAAGAACCAACCGUAUCGAAUUAUUCGAGAGCAAAACGUUUGGUCAGGCUCGCUAUGUCGACAAGGCCAUGAGCAACGUUGGUUACCAGGAAAGCGACCAUUACACCCGUCCUGAUCAAACUCUGAUCAAAUCUUCUGAUCUCAAUGCUGAAGAUGAGGCAGAGUUGGCCGAUGGUACAGCCUCCGAAGAGCUGGUUCAUCACACGCGUAUCGGUCGUGUGGAGUAUGAUAUGGACGAGCAGGACGACAUGUGGCUUGAGCACUACAACGCUCACCGUAAGCAGAACGAACUGGAAGAGAUAACGCGAGAAAUAUUCGAAAUCACCAUGACAAAGAUCGAAAAGGAGUGGCAUGCGUUGGAGAAGCGGAUACCAAAACCGAACCCGAAACCACCUCAAACUCAUCGUCCGCGAUCAAGUUCAGCAGCAGCCGUCAACGGCGAACCGCAAGGUGGCGAAGAGCCUGAUUCCAAAUGUGUCAUCUGUGAUGAUGGUGACUGUGAAAACACAAACGCGAUUGUGUUCUGCGAUGGCUGUAAUCUUGCAGUUCACCAAGAAUGCUAUGGUGUGCCGUUUAUUCCAGAAGGUCAAUGGCUUUGCCGUAAAUGCAUGCUUUGUGGCCGUGGAGUUCCCACUUGCAUUUUCUGUCCAAACAGCGACGGAGCUUUCAAGCAAACGAGUUCCCAAACAUGGGCCCAUCUCCUGUGCGCGAUGUGGAUUCCUGAGGUUUCUUUGGGGAACCAUACGUUCAUGGAACCUAUUAUGGACGUAGAAAAGGUACCCAAAAACCGAUGGAAAUUGACGUGCUACAUAUGUCGACAGCGAAUGGGUGCCUGUAUCCAGUGUGGGAACAAGAACUGCUACCAGGCGUUCCAUGUGACUUGUGCACGGAGAUCCCGGCUGUUCCUUAAGAUGAAGACUAGCCAAGGUGCCCUCGCCGUAUUGGAUGGCGGUAUGGUUCUCAAGGCUUUCUGCGACAAGCAUUGCCCACCCGACUAUGUACAGGAGCAUAGCGUCCACCAGGCUACAAAGGCAGCCAAGAAGUUCUACAAGAGGACCAUGAGAGGACGUAUUUGGGCUGACAACGCCGCUGUUGCGAAUGCCAUUGCUGCGCAACAGCGCAACGCCCUCAACGGACAGCCCUCAGACGAAUCACAGUCUGGAAACAAGAACUCUACUCUUGGCGACAAAGGUCAAAGUCCCAAAUGGAAGCUGCCUUCAGGCGCGCCCAUCAUACCACAAGCAGUCUUUGAAGUUGUUGAGGCUUCGAUACAAAGAUUUCCUUUCCGAAAACGUAAGGACUACCUCGGAGAGGCAUGUCGUUAUUGGACCCUAAAGCGAGAAGCCCGUCGUGGAGCAGCACUAUUGAAGCGUCUCCAGCUCCAGAUGGAGUCGUUCUCCUCAAUGGAGCUUACUCGACGAGAUUUUGCAGCGAUGGGACCUAGUGGAAAGACUAGAUUGGUCAGGCGCAUCGAAUUCGCCGAGGGCUUGAUCAAAGAACUCGAACAACUCAAGGAUCUUGCAGGUGAUUUGGUGAUGCGAGAGCAAAUCAAAGUUGACGCCGGUGAGCUUGAACAAGAGUUCGUCGACGAGUGUUAUUUCCCUGUAGCAAAACUCAUCAGUCCUGCUGUCGAUAGGGCGAUAUCACUGGACAAGGAUCUCUUCAACGACGGUUUGAGCAAACUUCAAACUCGUAUCAAUACCCGGUUCUACGUGACAGUGAUGUCCUUUGCUGUGGAUCUCUGCGAGGUCAUCAGUGUUGGCAUUGCCAGGACACCUGGACCUGACCCAUCUAUGGACCAGAGUCAGACCGAAACUGUUAAUGCUUCACCUGACAAAUCCACUUUCUCUGACAUCCGAGAACGACGCAAGCUUGGAAAGCGCAUCUUGAAAGCAGUGCAGCCAUUUCUCGAGGCAGCCUUACGAGUCGAGUCAGAGAUCUCACAGAAACCAUUUGAAGGCUUGCAGAAGGAGUUGGAGACUCUUAUCGACAGAAGCGUAGAAGCUCGACGUCCCACGACUGCUACAAGCCAGGAUCAGCCAAACGAACUUUCGGAUGAGGCCAACGAUACUAUCAUGGUAGAUGCCGAGCUUCAAAUCACGGUCAAGGCGAGCUCCACCGAGGGAGGAGAUGCAAUGGAUACCACGUCGGAUGGUGGAAACAUAGAAGUCAGCACCAAUAUUGAUGUUGACACUUCAGAUCUUGCAGAGACUGAGAAGAAGCAGGAGUCUCUACCCAAUACUGUCCAAUCAUCUGACACGCCUCCGGGCACUGAUGGAUAUGUGUCAAAGCCCGAGCCUUCACAAUCAGGACUUUCACAAUCAGGGCCUCCUACACCGCCUCAAUCCAACGGCAGCGUCGGGUUAGAGCCUGCGGACCCUCUUACAGAUGGAGGGAUCUUUUGGUAUCUCAAGGGUCAUGAGCCUAAGGGAACCUCGGUUCUUGAGGAACGGUGGGCUGGCAGGGAUGCCGUCCGUAUGCUCAGCGAGGAUCUUACAGAUCUGGACGACGAAGAGUUGAAGGGCUUGGGCAUGGAUGUUGACCAGGCAGUAGCAUCUGCUGCCCCAGAGAUGGAGGUGAAGGAUGAAGAAGAACCUGUGGGCGGUAAGACUCGAGCGAGUAAGGCAAAGAAGCGGAGGACGUCAACCAGAAGAAGAUGA